AUGUUUAACACGUUCGUGGGAAUUAACCACAAUGAUUCAACAAGAAAUCCAUCCGAGCGACGUCGUGCUAUUGUGGCGAAGGCUUGUGUGGAAUGCCGGAGACGAAAGACCAAGUGCAUCGGAACCCAACCCUGCACUGGUUGUCUAGCAUGCAAUGUGGAAUGCGUAUUUCCUGAGUAUCGACGGCGAGGUCGAAAAAGCCAGAAGGCUCUCAACAACGCUGGCAACCCUGACUAUGAAUCAAUUGUCAAUAUUCUUUUCCCUCACACACCCUUGCAGUCACUCAAAGGACUUUCGCGGUCGGAUUUGCUAGACCGCGCCAAGACUGUCAAUGUUGAAGAGGAUCGUUCCCCAUUGACAAGCAAUCAAAGCUCCUCGAUCGCAUCUCCAGAUAUCACCGUGCCUCUCAAGGCAAGGUCCAUACCAGAUGUGGAGGCCAACGACAGGCUUUACAAACUACAAUUUCGAGAUUCUUUCCUAUUUGAAUGGAAUGAAACUUCUCCAAGAUAUCAUCACUCUGUGGAGGACGACGUGAACGCACUUUCGUUAUCAACAGAUAGAAGAUCCUCCUUUGUCGGAAUUUUGUCGGUCGCUGCAGCGAUAAGAGCUCUAACAAGCAUCCUUCCUACACAACUUGUGGACCGAAAGCCUACUAUGCAAAAAUCUCCCCCGAGCGAAAUGGAAAAUUCUCCUUCUGCCAUCCCUUUGACCAUUCCUUAUCGAGUCAUCUCCUACAGCGAUGAACAACGCCUUAUCGACGCAUAUUUUGCUACCAUUCACGUAUUCGUUCCCAUAAUCCAUGAGCCCAGCUUUCGGAAUAAAUACUUGACCAGCCGUGGCAGCCAGGAUCGGUCGUGGCUGGCGCUCUUGAAUAUGGUCCUUGCUCUGGGAAGCAUUGCCACUUCACCAGGUGAUUCUGACGAGGAUUUUGAAUACUACCACCUCGCCCAGCAAUAUCUCUCACUAGAAAGCUUUGGAAGUGGAAGGCUGGAGACGUUGCAAGCGCUGGUGCUUAUGGGUGGGCAAUACUUGCACUUUCGCAACCGACCAAAUAUGGCAUCUGCCAUCAUUGGAGCAUGCUAUCGAAUUGCGAGCGGCCUCGGUCUACACCUGAAACUACCAGAAGAUGCCGAAGGGAAAUUAAGCCUCCAAGAAGAGGUCAAGAGACGAAAUUGGUGGGCUAUUUAUGUGCUUGACACAUGGGGCUCUACAACGCUGGGUCGGCCAUCGGUUGCUCUUAGUAGCUUGGUCGAUGCCCCAAAAAAUAUUCUUGAUGAUCAGCGCGGCGAGCUGUCACCAAACGAGCCAACGAUACACGCCCCUCUGAUCCAUAAUAUCCAGCUGUGCAAAAUUAUCAACCGCAUCCAAGACCGGCUAUUUAUCAAUUCUCUUCUCGAUGACCAUGAGAUACAGUUGUAUGAUGACAUGUUGCUAUCUUGGUUUGAAGCCCUGCCGCCAUUCUUGCGAUCGCCCGAUCCAAACGUCCCCGACCUUCAAGAUGCUCGUGUGGUUCUCAAAUGGAGAUACCAGAAUAUUCGAUUCCUCUUGCAUCGCCCCCUCGUUCUCGACACCAUUGUGCGACAAACCCCAUUCCAUUGCCUAUCUACAAACGAGCAAGCCAUCGUAUCACGAUGUCGGGACAUUGCAGCAGAAUCUAUUCUCAGUAUCCAAGCAGAAUGGCGCCCAAACAAAAUAUGCUGCUGGAAUGCAAUAUGGUUCAUAUUUCAGGCCUGCCUAGUACCAUUGAUGGCACUGGCCCUCGAGCCUACCGACCAUGCGGAGUACCAAAAUUGGUACCAUCAGGUUCAGAUUGGAAUUACGAUUUGCCGGGAAAUGUCGCAAUUCAGUCCCGUCGGCCAAAGGACGAAGGCAUGUUUGGAGCAAUUGUUCUUUGCUGCUAUCAAGGGGUCCCACCCGAAUGUUCGGUACGAAAACAUAAACACACAACUUCCUUUGGAUACUAUUAUGGGAAUAUUUGCCAACGACUGGGACCACCUGGAUGGAGAUGAGCUGUUCUCUCAAUUCACUCCCCCUGGCGGCUCAUACAUCGACGACCAAUUCCUCCUGGCACAAUAUCAACCAUACCAAUAA